UAAAUAAAGCCUCUACGACCUUGCACGACACUCCUGUUUUUUGGCUUUGUCUGACCUGCGUGUAGCUAUGUACGUGUACGGGAACAACGGAACAAGAUACAGGAAAGGACAUACAUUAAUGCUCUCCGUAUAACCAACAGUAAAAAGAUCCUGAGGAUUUUCUAAAAUUCUGGGACGAUUUGAAUUCUACAGGAGUUGAUUUUCAGCAUAAAAACCGUUGGGUUUUCGUCGAGUAACGUAACGCCGCCGGCCGGGCAGCAUUUUCAGACCGGCGUAUUUUGAUCGCGUGACCGCAAAGAGCUUAUCAACCGGGUGCAGGGUCGGAACUGCACUCACUGACUGCGUGCAGUAGGGUUGCCUGAUUGACUAAACAAAGAAAACAAAGCCGGGAAUAACUCGGUGUUCGAUUAUUUGGCUGACUUUUAUUCCUGCGACAAGUGUCGAAUUCGCUGUCUGAAUAAGGUUUGGUAUUAUUUUGGGGAGACAACUACAAAUCUCGCCAUGCAUCGUAAAAAACCGUGGCGGGAUCCAUUCCUCACCUUAGCCGUCAUUUUGAGCCUCCUUCGGGUGGACUGGGUUGAUUAUAUGCAGAGGCAGCUGGGCACACAGUUGCCCGAGAUCCAUGAUAUCUUGUUGGGACAAAGUGCUGCCCUGACAGAGACACAGUUCCACAAUUUCUACAAUUCUUUUGAUGGUAACUAUGUGAACUUCAAGGAUUUGGACCAUGAUCUCCGAAGUCAGUCAGUUUUCAGAGAACUUCACUCACUGUCUCGUGAAAUCUUCCCAAUCAGCCGAGACAUUACAGAUGUUUCAACAUGGCUGCUGGAUCGACUGGAACCCAAUAAUGUCCGACCAUUGCCCUUUGUGAAUGUUGCAUCAGCUCCUAAUAACAAUAACAACAAUGAUGAAAACAAUAACAAUGGUGAAGCUUCGGAAGCUGAAGCGAAUGGUCCUGUGCAGAAUAUGCUAGAUGGCGCUGUCGCUUUAACGCAUAGUAACCAAAACGCCGGUGAUCCAAGUCCAGAGGACAUGGACCUGAUAGAGGCAUUAUGGCGACAGGACAUCGACAUGGGUAUUUCCAGAGACGAGUCCUAUUCCUUCAAGGAAGAUCUGCUGCUGGAGAAGGGUGAGCAUCCAGACAAGCUCAAGUCACAGCAGCAGUCCUGGGACCACUUUGGCUACAACAUUGAUGGGGAGACUGGAGAGUACGUUCCCAACCCUCCUGGGCUUGAGGUGGUCCAGCCACAGACACCGCAGCCAACCCUUCCUCAGGUCCCAGUCCAACCAGAUGGGAACAUCUCCCUGGAAGAUUGCCUUCAGCUACUUGAGGAUGAGUACCUGCCAGCAGUAUCCCAGCCUGAUGGUGAGCAGUAUCAAGCACCGCAGCAGCCUCUGAGUCCUCUAGAGCAGGAGCAACGAUGGCAGGACCUGGCCUCCAUUCCUGAACUCACGCACCAACUUCAUGAACUCCCACACCUUCCAUACCAAGCAACAGUGGACAUGAACAUAACACAGCCGCUCAACACACAAGAUGCCUUCGCCAUCAACGCCACCACAAACGGCAACGUGAAUCUACAGAAUGCAACACUGUCAGUCAACAGAAACAUGCUCCCCAUCGAGCCUCAGAGGCUGGAUGAGUUUGCCCCGCCACCAGAAGUUUUCUCCCCGCUGUCCAACUUUGCAAAUCUCAGUCUCAGCUCAGCAUCACCAACGGGAUUGAUCAAUGGCCAGCAAAACCUCAACUUUAGUAGCUUCCUUCUGCCAGAGCAGCCACUUCAUCCUGCCAUGGAGAGCCCCUUGCCUAUAAAUGCAACAGACAACCAGGACAACUCCUCUCUGCUGAUGGAGCUUCUGAAUACGUCCAAUGUUGAGGAGGUGGACCCUAUGGAGCUGGACUUUGAUGCGCAGAUUCACAAUGUGAUGCAGUCAUUCGGAGAGAAUAACUCCUCGGCUUCAUUUGAUGGAUCAUGCUCUGGGUUUGAAGACAUGAGCGAUGGCAGUUCACCCUACCACACCAGUGAGGAUGGCCUAGAGGGUGCUACUGGUUACAACGCUAGUCUAGACGGGCAUGGCAUGAAUGGCACAUCUGGUAGCUAUGGUUACCACAGACAGAGAGGUGGUUCAAGUUGUGGGGGUGACAGUGACAGUGGAAGUUCUUUCAGCAGUUACAACAGCCAAUCCUCCAAGCCAGAGAAUGUCAAACACAACCAUACCUAUGCCUCAUCAUCCAGCUCCUCUGGAAGCAACCGCAGCAGCAACAACAGCAAAAACAACUCCAGCAAGAAGGACAGGCAGAACCUCGCCAAGCUGUCGCGUGACGAGAAGCGAGCCCGCACUCUCAAAGUCCCAGUGCCCAUUGACAAAAUCAUCAGUCUGCCUGUUGAUGCCUUCAAUGACUUGCUGAAGAAGUAUGAGCUGAAUGACGCACAGCUGACGCUGAUCAGAGACAUCCGCCGGCGCGGCAAGAACAAGGUAGCAGCCCAGAACUGCCGCAAGCGCAAAAUCAGCGCCUUGGUGUCGGUGGAGGUCAACAUUGACACCUUGAAGGAGGAGAAGGAACAACUGGAGCUAGAACGCGAGCAUAUUGACAAAGAGACCUCUGAUAUGCAGUCACGGUAUGAUCAACUCUACAAUGAGGUCUUUCAGAACAUGUGUGAUGAACAUGGUGAUCCAGUAGAUCCCAACGAAUUCACCCUGCAACAAAUGCCGGAUGGAAGCAUGUUCCUUGUCCCAAGGAACAGCACCAACCCAGACAAGGAUAAAAACACAGAGAAAUAGACUCUUGAUUUUUAUGUAUUUAAAUGUACACGAGGAGAGAAUAUCACAUUGAGCUGUCUCAUCACCAGAAAACCUUACCGUUACAAAGCAUGCUUGUACAUUUCUCCUUCAUUGAGCUUCUGCCAUUCUAAUUUUAGUUUUUAUCUUUCUUUCUAAAAAAGAUAACAAAUGUUGAAUUAGUAUAAAUUGAAAAAAAAAAAAGUUUUGGAAAAUAUGCUUUAUAGUAAAGUUUAAGUUUGUUUCUGAUGACAGAUAAGAGCCUUUUUAUGCCCAUAAGAUUUGAUUGGUUCAACUAACUUGGUUGCUUUAAGAAAAAAAAGUUAAAAAGUGACACUAGUCAUCACACUAAACAUUUUAACAUUUCACUCUUAAACGAGUCCGAUUUACAUGUAAGUCUAUUUUGUACAGAGAGAUUAGAGAAAUAUACUGUAAAUGAUGUGCAUAGUUUGUAAAUAAAGAUUGUAAAUAUAUGUACAAAAUGGAAAUAAGUUUGGUCAAGUGGUUCACACUACCUCUAAAUGUACUGUUUUGAAUAUCCAAUUGAAAGGGUUUUCAUUGCUUGUGUAAUGAAAAAGGAAUUCACGAAAGCAUUAAUAUUAAAAAUUGGUAAAUGCAUCUGAUCCAUAACACUUGUAUGCUUUUACUUUUUUUGUAAAAUUAGUGAUGACAGUUUUGCAUGUAAAGAAGUGAAGUGUCUUUGUCUUGCAAACUAAAAUGGUAAUGCAAAGUUGUGGUAUUCUGAAUGCAAACAAUUAUUGCAGUGGGAGAAGAAUUCAAAAUAGUAUUAAGGCAUAUUUAUUGUGAACAUUUUUGUCCAAACAGUUUAUUCUUAUCGAUUAAAGAUUUAUUGUAAUAUACUUCAAAUAGAGCAAUUUGUUGAUGGUAUGUAUCUUGUAGGGUUAUUCGCUAUUCCUUUGUUAGUUGAACAAACAAGAGACUUGGAAUUUUACAAUUGUAAGACAGUUGUAUUUGUAAUAUUUGUAUUGUACCCGGCCUUUGAUGGCAGGCACAUUUGUCAUUUUCAUUUAUCCGAUAUGAUAAAAAAUCUAAGAAAAUAUAAACAUGGAAUAAGAGCAUCUUUCAUCGAAGAUGUCCAUGCAGUUCCCUGUAACCUGCAUGCACCUUCUAAUAAUGCAUUCAUAAUGCACAGCUUUUCAUGUGUGGACUUUCGCAUGAUUGUGCUGGUAGCAUGACAUUGUAUUAGAUAAUGAAGUCAAUCAGCAUAUGUUUGUACAUGGACACGUACGCUGGUACCUGGCUCUAUUGUCCUAAACAUGUUUCCUUUUAAAUUAUUUUCUGACUAGUGCAUGUACAAUAUUCCUGGCAGCUUUGAGCAAAUACAUGUAAUAUAAAUGUUUCUUAGUUUGUCUUUGUGUAUGCCUUGCUUAAAUUUUGUAAUCCACGGACAUGUUUGUUUUCUGUCUUGCAAGUUUUCUGUCUUUUCUGUCUUGCAACUCAAAAGUGUUAUCCAGAAUAGCCUUAAAAAGAAAGAUUGGAUUCUCACAUGUAAACAUGACUAUUGGUUGUAUUUUUUUGACACAAGCUUUUGAAUUAAAUGUUUUUGAUGCUGUUAUACA